UACUUUCUUUACUUUCAGUUUGAUGGAAUCUCGAUUUCUGGAGUUGUUGAAUUCGGAAUUUUGUGUUUUCGUUUCUUUCUGAUGAUAUCGGGAUGGGAAAUUUUGGGUGGGAAAUAGCGGCAAUUCAUUUCUUCUGUUUUUAUUUGUUGGUCCGGUGAAGUUUUGAGUUCUGGAAUUUUGAUCUCUGUUUGUGUUUGGAUGAUUCUCUGUUCGAAAUUUUCCGUUUCGUGGGUUUUUCACAUUAAACCUUGGUUGCUGGGCUUGAAAUGCCCAAAUCCUCUUCAAACCCUAGAUCUGAAAACUCGUCUGGUUCGACUACUGUUCCCAGCCCACCAUAGAUAUUUUUUUCAAUAUUGCCUAUUUUAGCCUCGCGAUUCAUCCAUGUGGACUCCAUUAUUUGGUUGGAAACUGGAAUCUCCCAAUUUUGAAGAUGCCUUCUAGGUGGGCCGAAUGUCUUUUCAUUCCAAUUUAACCCGAUUUUUUAGUGGGCCCAAACCAAGCCCAUUUUCGGGUUUGGAGUUCGUUCAUCGUUUCCCCCUUUCUUUAAAGGGUUUCAUAGAUUAAGAACCCUCCUCCUCGCGCCUCUCUCAAGCUAUAUGUCAAAAUCUGACCCCAUCGGUUGGGCUUUUUGGGGGUUUUCACAAAUCUGAUCAAAAUGAGGAUGGAGACAAAUCUUCUUCGGUUCCCUUUUCUUCCUGGGUUCGGAAAAAUGGAAAUUAUUUUCCCAGACGAAAUGGCAACUCCUGAUGAAGAAAACAUGGCAAGUUCGGGCAAAGAGAUCAUGGUGAUUCAUCAUGAUGAAGACCAUAAUAUGAUGACUCCAAAUGGGGAAAACAUGGGUACUCCUGAAGACGAAUUAAUGGAAACUCCUGAUACAGGAAAGCUGGGAUCACCAGAUGGACAUAAUGAACUAGCUUUGGUGGAAACACAGCCUAACAAGAGGAGGAAAAAGAAGUCUAUUGUCUGGGAACACUUCACUAUAGAGUCCGUGAGUCCUGAUUGCAGACGGGCGUACUGUAAGCAAUGCAAGCAAAGUUUUGCAUAUAGUACAGGAUCAAAAGUUGCUGGCACCAGCCAUUUGAAGCGGCACAUUGCCAAAGGAACUUGCUCUGCACUUUUGCGUAGUCAGGACAAGAAUCAGUUGGUGGCUACAUAUACCUCACCUUCAAGAGGUAGUACUGUCAGUGAGACACCUAAAAGGCGGUAUAGAACUUCUAGUUCACCUUAUGUUAUGUUUGAUCACGAUCGUUGCCGUCAAGACAUUGCCCGAAUGGUUAUCAUGCAUGACUAUCCUCUUCACAUGGUUGAGCAUCCUGGAUUUAUAUCAUUUGUCAAGAACCUUCAGCCUCGAUUCAACAUGGUGAGCUUCAACACUGUUCAAGGGGAUUGUGUUGGAACAUAUUUAAUGGAGAAGCAAAAUCUAAGCAAGUUUAUAGAAGCCAUCCCUGGACGUAUAUGCCUUACCCUUGACAUGUGGCAUUCUAGUCGAUCAGUAGGUUAUGUGUUUAUUAUGGGCAGUUUUAUUGAUAGCGAGUGGAAGUUGCACAGACGUGUUUUGAAUGUAAUAAUGGAACCAUAUCCAGAAUCGCCUACUGCACUUAGCCAUGCCGUUGCUGCGUGUCUCUCUGAUUGGACAUUAGAAGGGAAGUUAUUCUCUCUUACAUUUAAUCAAAUACAGAAUGAAGCUGCCCUUGACAAUCUCAGGCCCCUAAUUGCCAUAAAAAACCCCCUUAUUCUCAAUGGUCAGUUUUUAGUUGGAAGUUGUAUUGCCUUGACUUUAGGCGACAUCGCAAAAGAUGUAUUAGGUGCAGGAGAAAAUACGAUAAGGAAAAUUCGGGACAGCGUGAAAUAUGUGACAACUUCAGAUUCUCAUGAGGAAAAGUUUUUAGAGCUUAAGCAACAACUUCAAGUGCCUAGUGAGAGAAAUCUCGUUCUUGAUGAUCAAAUGCAAUGGAAUACAACUUACCAUAUGUUGGUGGCUGCCUCUGAGAUGAAAGAAGUAUUUUCCUGUUUGGAUACCUCUGAUCCUGAUUAUAGGGAAGCUCCAUCAAUGGAAGAUUGGAAGUUGGUCGAUAUUCUCUGCACAUACCUGAAACUUCUUUUUGAUGCAGCAAAUAUCCUUACCACAACAUCUCACCCAUCUGCCAUUACCGUCUUUCACGAAGUAUGUAGAAUUCAUUCCGAAUUGGCUCGGGCAGUUACGAGCGAGGAUCCCUUCACAAGCAGCCUCAGUAAAAUGAUGCUAGAAAAGGUCGAUAAAUAUUGGAAAGAUUGCAGCAUAGUCCUGGCAGCUGCUGUCGUGAUGGAUCCUCGGUUCAAGAUGAAGCUUGUUGAGUUUAGUUUCACCAAAGUUUAUGGUGAAGAAGCUCCUGCAUACAUCAAGGUUGUUGAUGAUGGAAUUCAUGAGCUCUUUGAGGAAUAUGUGGCGCUGCCUCUACCCUUAACCCCAACCUAUGCUGAAGAUGGAAGUGCUGAUGGCAACAUGAAGGCAGAAGAUUCUCAGGGAAACCUUCUGUCAGACAACGGAUUUUCAGAUUUUGAUGUCUACAUUAUGGAGACCACCAGCCAACAGAUGAAGUCCGAGCUCGAUCGAUAUUUGGAAGAUUCUUUGUUACCUCGUGUGCAAGACUUCGAUCUAUUGGGAUGGUGGAAAUUGAACAAGUUCAAGUACCCUACUCUUUCGAAGAUGGCUCGUGAUAUCUUGUCUAUUCCAGUUUCUACCCUUACUCCCGACUCCGUAUUUAUUACCAGAAGGAAGAAAAUGGAUCAGUAUCGCAGCUCCCUGCGUCCCGAGACCGCAGAAGCGAUGAUAUGUUCCAAGGACUGGAUGCAGUGUGGACUAACCGAAGUCUCUAAUGCCUUGGUAAGGAUGGAAUAUUAGUCUCUGUUUAGAUCUGUUUGGCUUUCUUGUCCAUAAGUUGCUAUGUGACAUCUCUCUUAGGGGUUCUACUUUGCCAUUAGGUUAACAUUUGUUGUACCAUUUAAGACAAUUGUGUAAUUCAUCCUUGAAAUUAGAUACUAGAAUAGACUGAACUCUGUGAUCAUAUGUAUUACAUUCUAGGAAGCAGUUUGGUACACCUUGUACAUAAAUUGCGGUACAUUAUUGAGCUAUUCUAUCUAUAUUUAUCACAUGCUUGUUUGAACAUA